GUUCGACCAGAAACCCUUUGGAUUGGUCCACAGAGUCAGUUUGGCACACAGGUGAGGAGGUGAGCGUGAAGGUUUUUGAGCUUCUUUUGCUUCUUUGUUUAAGCUUCACCACUGGGCGUGCUGCUUUCUUAACGCCGAAAGAGGAAGGGAAAGGGAAACUCUCCAUCAAAGGAGAAAGCUCUGAAAAUCACAGAAGAUUAACAGAUUUGGAAACCGGGAAUGGCAGACAAUAAGGAAGAAGACCCAGAAACAAUCGCUCCUCAAUGGUACUCUUUGAUUAUGAGAGUGAUGAGCAAAAGAAGAACAUGGGUAUGUCUUUUUGUUCUGGUUUAUGCCCUUCUUUUGUCUUCUUCCUGGAAUUUCCUUGCUUCUAUACUCUCUUGGUACAAAUCCCAAGUGGAAGUUUCUUCUUCUUCUUCUUCAUUUGGGUGGCCUGCGAUUUAUGCUUCUCUGCUUCUUGGGGCAGUUUUUGGGGUUCUUUCCAUGGUGGCUGCACUGGCUGUCAUGGUGCCGGCCACCCUUGUAACUUGGAUCACCAUUGUUGUGCUGCUUUACUUCUUUGGGAAGCCUAAGAGGGCGUUGGUGGUGGAGGGGAGGAAGAUUACUAAGGAGAUUUUUGGGGUUGUGGCUAAGAUUUUGUUGAAGGAAGGGAAUUUAGUGGCUGCUGUUUGUGCUGUUUUGGGGUACUUUGCUUUGUUUAGGAAGAGUAAUGAGAGUUAGAGGCUAAUUUUGGUGGGAUUGAGGGAGGAUUUUGGGGGUUUUGAUCAAAUGGGUAUCUCAGAUUUGUGGUGAUUUUGGUGUUGUUUGUUCAUACUUGUAGGUGAAGCGCAAUGCCUGGUGUUAAUGGUUUAGAUCUUUCUUGUAACUUUAGGGUUUAUGGGUUCAUAUGGAUCAUUGCUUUCUCUCCAGAAAUGCUUCAUAAACUUGGGAUUUACAGAUCUCUUUUCUUUGCUAAUGGAUGGAAUACAGGGAGUUUAUACUGAUUCAUGUAAUGAAAUGGUCGAUUUUAGAACAUGGGUUGUCUGGGAUUUGUUCAUAAUGAUAUCACUCAAACUGUUUGAUUCAAAGAUAUGAUGGAUCUGUUGUCAUGGAGCAAACUUGGCUUGAAGAACAAGAUAAGAACAGUUCUUUCUUUGUUUUGAAAGAAAAUGAUCUUCUUUGAACUGUUUUGGAAGAACACGAACUUGUUUAUCCGUCUUAAGAACAGUUUUUUUCUUUGUUUUUGUAAAGAAAUUCAGCUCAGAAAGGCUUACAAAAAUAGCUUGCUGAUAGUCUGGGUUUGAACAUGUUGAUGUAUCAUUGCGGCAUUCUAUCAAACACCUUGUAUGCAGAAAGUUGAGUUCUUCACAAAGGGUUCUUUCUCAAUGUUCAUCCCCAAAAGUUCUGAUAA